AUGCCGCUGACGAUCACGCACGAGGGCGUGGCCUACGACCUCGACGACGUGGACCUGCAGUGGACGCUGGAGGAGUGCCGCGGCGCGCUCGCGGACGCGAGCGGGUCGCUGCGCAUCCUCGACGACGGCGAGUGGAAGCUGCGGCGCGACGGCGAGACCGUCGAGGGCGAGCGCCUGACGCUCGCCGCGCUCGGCGUCGGCCUGCGCGACGCGCUCGAACUGGUCCGCGUCGACGGCGGCAACCGGCCGCCCCGGGCCGCGGCGAAGCCGCUCGCGCCGGCGCCGGACGCGAAAAAAAUCACCUGCCGCUUCGACGCGGUCAUCGACCUCGACGACGCGCCGCGGACGCUCCCCUACCAGGGCCUGCGCUCGCGGCUCCGCGCGGACGCGGCGAACCGCGAGCUCGCCGCGAUCCCCGAGGAGCGGCGGCACGACGCGCUCCGCGCGGUCUACGGCGCGGUCAACGACAUGCUCGACGCCGACGCCACGGACCGGCGGGCGUUCCUCGCCACGGCCGUCGCGUGUGCAGCAGCCCAGCGCUGGUGCGAUGCGAACCUCUUCGCGCCGCCGCGGCCGGCGAUCGAGCUGCCCAUGGAGCUGGCCCACGCCGGCGGCGUCGCAACGCAGACCGUCUUCGAGGUGCGCCGCGGCGACCGCAUCGACGACGCGUCGCUCGCGUUCGCGCACGCGUGGCGCCUCGGCGACGCGCAGCUCGAGCGGUUACGCAAGGCCGCCCACGACGCCGUCAAAACCGGCGCCGUCGUGCCGUCCGCGGUCGCGGUCGUCAGCGACGACGGCCGCCACGCCGCGUGGGCGGCCGCCGGCGGCGCCGUCGUCGCGCUCCUGCGGCGCGGCGCGGACCCGCCGGCGGCCUCGGACUGCGCCGCCGCCGCGAGCGCCGGCGCCGCGGGCUUCGGCUUCGUCGACGCGAACGACGGCCUCGGAGGCGCGCUACGAGACGCCGCGGCCGCGGCGCCGCCGGGCGCCGCGGUCGUCGUUUUAGCGGAGGCGCCGGACCCGCCGGCGCCGUCGCUCCAGGCGUGCCUCGCGGCCCACGCGCGCGCGGGCUACGCGCGCGGCGACCCCGGCGGCGCGCUCGUCUUGGCCGCGCCGUCGCCGAACGGCGGCGGCGACGCCGCGCUCGUCUUCCCGCGGGAGCUCCUCGACCGCUGGUGGGCGCCCGUCGCGGCCGCGCCCUGGGCCACCGAACCGGCACCGUCGGACGUCGAGGCGGCGCUCUUCGCCGCGGCGGCCCAUCGCGAAGGCGCGUUCCUGCGGGCCUGGGCCUGCGCCUGGGCCCUCGUCGCGGCCGCCGUCGCGGACGAGCGACCGCGGGAGGCAGGGCAGCAAAAGGGUGAUUCAACGCGGGAGGACGCCGUCGACGAAGGCGAGGCGGGCCCGCUCGCCGUCGACUGCGGCGGGCCCUGCCCCGGGUUCGUCGUCGUCGUCUACCAGCAGGGCCCGUCGGACACGUCGACGUCGGGCACGUUCGCGGAUAUAUCGGCGGCGGUCGUCGCGGGCCUCCGCGGCCUCGGCCUCGCGGCGCGCGCGGAGACCUGCGUCGCGCUCACGGACGGCUGCCGCUUCGCCCUCGACGGCGAGCAGGAGGUCGCCCUCGGCGCGCACAACCUCCAGGCCUACGUCGACGUCGACGCGGACGCGCCCGUCGUUUUAGGGCCGCGGCGGCCGCUCUUCUACGACGAGGCCGCGGUCCUCUACAACUUCGAGUACGUGCCGCCCGACGACCUGGAGACCCUCGCGGCGGGCAUGGCACAACUCCAGAACGGCGCCCGCGGCGACGGCGGCCUCACGAACGCGGCCGGUUCCUUCGCGACGGCCGCGACGCUCGAGGUGCUCCGGCGCGCGAACACCGUCUGGGACUACAGCGCGUCCAACGUCCCGAGCCUCGCCGCCCUCGGCAUCUCGGCGACGCACGUGCCCCUCGGCGACGCGCCGCCCUGGCGCAUACGCCCGGCGCUCGCGGCCGCGGUGUCGGCGAACGCCUCGUCGUCGCUCCCCGUGCUCUUCUACGGGACGCUCACGCGGCACCGCGCGGCGACGCUCGCGGCGAUCCGGGCGGGCCCCAACGGCCAGCCCGUGGUCCACGCCAACGCGGCGACGGACGGCACCUUCGGCGCGGCGCUCGACGCGCAGAUCGCCGCCGCGGACGUCGUGCUCAACCUCCGCGCGUUCGGCGACCGCGACGACGAGUGGAAGAUGCCGCGCCUCGCCAAGCUCUUCGCGAACCGCAAGUUCGUCAUCUCCGAGGGGACGUGCGACCCGGGGGGGCAGUGCGAGGCCUACGCGGGCGGCCUCGUCUUCGCGGAGCGCCGCGACCUCAAGGCCGCGGUCGCCUACUACCGCGACCGGCCGGCGGAGCGCGCGGCCAUCGCCGACCGCGGCCACGCCCUCUUCGCGACCCGGUCCAUGGCCACCGUCCUCCGCGGGCCCGUCCAGGCGCUCCUCGACGGCCGCCGCGGCCAGAGCAUGGACGUCGCCGAGGCGCCGGCCGCCGAGGAGUCGCUGCUCGCGCGCCUCGUCGCCGCCGUCGACAUCCGCGGCGUCGGCAGCCUCACGCGCGCGGAGCUCGGCGAAGCCGCGCGGCUCCGCGGGCCUUCAUCCAAAAACCUCGACCUCGCCGCGGCGGGCCCCGAGCCCUACGCGCUCGCCGACGCCGCGCGCCUCCUGCGGCCCCUCGGCUGGGAGGCGGCGCGCCUCGAAGAAGACGUCGCGAAGGUCGAACGGUCCGCGGCGGUCUUCCGGUCCCUCGACGCGAGCCAGAGCGGCUUCCUGGAGCUCAAGGAGCUGCGGGCCGCGCUGACGGCGCAGGCGGGCCACGCGCUCCGGCUCGCGGGCCUCGUGUCGACGCUCGACAGCGCGCGCAACGGCAAGGUGUCCUGGCUCGAGUUCCUCGCCGGCGUGACCUCGGAGCGCUUCGGCGAACGGUUCGCGUCCUUCCGCGACUGGGCGCUGGAGACGGCGCCGCUCCACAUCUUCAGCGACAUCGACAUCGACGUCGGCGUCGGCGACGAGGCUUUGAAGGAGCUGAGUUUUCUGGAAAGGCUGCCCUGCUACGUCGUGCAGGCCACGUUCCGGAAACAAGCGCGGCGCAAGGUGCGCCCCGGCGACGCGCGCGAGAGCGACGCGCCCGCGACGGCGCGGGACCUCGCGGCCAUCGACGCGAGCGUCCGGCGGGCCCUCCUCUUCGGCGUGUGUUGCGGCGUCGGGGCCGCCCUGCUCGUCGCGUACCUCACCCCGUACUCGCUCGGCGCGCGGCGCCGCGCGCAUCUGUUGCUGCUGCGCCUCGCGGCGUCGCUCGUCGUCUCCGGCGUCGAGGUGCUGCUCAUCUACGCCUGCUGCGUCGACGUCGCGUGCGCGAUCGCGCGCCGCUGCCGCCUCCGGCUCUGGCCGCUGGACUUUGAGCGCGCGCUGACGACGGCGGCGCUCGCGCGCGCGGCGCUGGAGAUCCCCCACCCCGUGCGGCCCUGCCUGGGCAUCGACCCCAUGCGCCACCUCAGCGGCCUGCGGCUCUACGCGGUCCAGCUCCUCUACGCGGGGAAGCGGGGCAUCUCGCUGUUCCUGCUGAAGCUGCUCCUGAAGAAGGUCGUGGCGCGCGUCUUCCUCAAGGGCCUCGGGGACCGCGCGGGGCUGGACCUCGCGCUCGUCGUCGCCGUGAACGCGCUCUGGAACCUGCUCAUGGUCGCGGGCUGCGUCCGGUCGGCCAAGGUCUGCUGCUUCGGCCUGCCGGCGGCGACGGGCGCGAUCCACGCGGCCAUCGACCGCCGCGAGACGAGGGCGCGGACGCCGCUGGAUCUGGCGACGAAGGAGCUCGCGCUGCGGGCCGCGGCCGCGGCCGCGGUGCCGCGGGGGACCGUCGUCUUCCACCCGAACCACUUCUUCGCGCUCCAGUACCUCGAGCGGCUGCUGGCGGACGACGCCCUCGUGGCCUUCGCGGCGAAACGGCCGCCGGAGCUCGUGGACGACGGCGCGUCGCGCGGCGCGCGGGACCACGCGCGGCUCGCGGUCAUGGAGCUCGACGACGAGAACCGCUUCUUCGCGGGUCUCGCCGCCGCGGAGCCGGCGAGCGCGGACCUCGCCCUGGAGCUCUUCGCGGCGAUGCUCGUGCUGGACGGCCGCGUCGCCCGGGGCACGCGCGGCGGCAACGCGCGGCGCAUGGGCCGGGUCCUCGAGGUCGCGGGCCGGCACGUUCCGCGGAACGACGUCGCGCGGGCCCUGCGCCACUGCGUCGCCGUCUUCACGUCGGGCCUGGGGCUGUGCGCCCGCGACCUCGUCCUCGCCGCGGGCGCCGACGCGGCGGGCCUACCCAGGUGCGAGGCGGCCGAGCCGCGGACCGCGGACGCGCUCCUGGGCUACCUCGCCGUGGACUACUGCUGCUAA